CACCCCGCAGCUGGCAGAGGAGCCGACAGCUCCUCUCUUCUUCUGGAGGUGCCGCUGGUGGUAGGGGGGGAGAGGCUUGUUCCAAACACGGACGUCCCCCAGCUCUCCCCCCAUCCCUGUUUUCCGUUAGGAGCCCGGCGAGGAAAUACAUGCACUCACUGAGAAUCGCCCGCGCUAGGGCGCAGCGCUACAAGGUGUAGGCAGAGUGUGGGGUGGGGCGAGAAGGGGACUGAGGAGCCCCCGCGGCUCCCAACGCCGGGGCGUCGGUUCUUCAUCCUGCCCUCGGGGCGGACGGAGCGAUCCCGGCCCCCCUCCACGCCCCGACCAUGGUAGUGUUCAAUGGCCUUCUUAAAAUCAAAAUCUGCGAGGCUGUGAGCCUGAAGCCCACAGCCUGGUCGCUGCGCCAUGCAGUGGGACUCCGGCCGCAGACUUUCCUUCUGGACCCUUACAUUGCCCUCAACGUGGACGACUCGCGCAUCGGCCAAACGGCCACCAAGCAGAAGACCAACAGCCCGGCCUGGCACGACGAGUUCGUCACCGAUGUGUGCAACGGGCGCAAGAUCGAGUUGGCCGUCUUCCACGAUGCCCCCAUCGGCUACGACGACUUCGUGGCCAACUGCACCAUCCAGUUUGAGGAGCUCCUGCAGAACGGGAGCCGCCACUUCGAGGACUGGAUUGACCUGGAGCCGGAAGGCCGAGUGUAUGUGAUCAUCGAUCUCUCCGGGUCGUCGGGUGAAGCCCCUAAAGACAAUGAAGAGCGCGUGUUCAGGGAGCGCAUGCGGCCCAGGAAGCGGCAGGGGGCCGUCAGGCGCAGGGUCCACCAGGUCAACGGCCACAAGUUCAUGGCCACCUACCUUCGGCAGCCCACCUACUGCUCCCACUGCAGGGAUUUUAUCUGGGGUGUCAUAGGAAAGCAGGGAUACCAAUGUCAAGUGUGCACUUGCGUGGUCCACAAGCGAUGCCAUGAGCUCAUCAUCACGAAGUGUGCUGGAUUAAAGAAACAGGAAACUCCCGACGAGGUAAAUAUUUGCAGCGUUGAAGUCCCGGGCUUUCUUCGCUGCCAUCUCUACUUAGUGGGAGAACUGAAAUCAUACCACUGUGUGUCCUUGCUCUGGGGCCUCUUGCGGCAGGGGCUGCAGUGUAAAGUCUGCAAGAUGAAUGUCCACCGACGCUGCGAGACCAACGUGGCUCCCAACUGUGGAGUGGACGCCAGAGGAAUCGCCAAAGUCCUGGCAGACCUUGGCGUCACCCCAGACAAAAUCACCAACAGUGGCCAGAGGAGGAAAAAGCUCCUUGCAGGUGCCGAGUCCCCGCAGCCCGCUUCUGGAGGCUCACCCUCUGAGGAAGACCGGUCCAAGUCAGCACCCACCUCCCCUUGUGACCAGGAAUUAAAAGAACUUGAAAACAACAUCCGGAAGGCCUUGUCAUUUGACAACCGAGGGGAGGAGCACAGGGCAGCAGGGUCCACUGACGGCCAGCUGGCGAGCCCCGGAGAGAACGGUGAAGUCCGGCAAGGCCAGACCAAGCGCUUGGGCCUGGACGAGUUCAACUUCAUCAAAGUGUUGGGCAAAGGCAGCUUUGGCAAGGUCAUGUUGGCGGAGCUCAAAGGCAAAGACGAAGUAUAUGCUGUGAAAGUCUUGAAGAAGGACGUCAUCCUUCAGGACGACGAUGUGGACUGCACGAUGACAGAGAAGAGGAUUUUGGCUCUAGCGCGGAAACACCCGUACCUAACCCAACUCUAUUGCUGCUUCCAAACCAAGGACCGCCUCUUUUUCGUCAUGGAGUAUGUCAAUGGUGGAGACCUCAUGUUCCAGAUUCAGCGCUCCCGAAAAUUCGACGAGCCUCGUUCCCGGUUCUAUGCUGCAGAGGUUACGUCAGCCCUCAUGUUCCUCCACCAGCAUGGAGUCAUCUACAGGGAUUUGAAACUGGACAACAUCCUUCUGGAUGCAGAAGGUCACUGCAAGCUGGCCGACUUUGGGAUGUGCAAGGAAGGGAUUCUGAACGGUGUGACGACGACCACGUUCUGUGGGACGCCUGACUACAUCGCUCCCGAGAUCCUGCAGGAGUUGGAGUACGGCCCCUCUGUGGACUGGUGGGCGCUGGGGGUGCUGAUGUACGAGAUGAUGGCUGGGCAGCCCCCCUUCGAGGCCGACAACGAGGACGACCUGUUUGAGUCCAUCCUCCACGACGACGUGCUCUACCCUGUCUGGCUCAGCAAGGAGGCCGUCAGCAUCCUGAAAGCUUUCAUGACCAAGAACCCCCACAAGCGCCUGGGCUGUGUGGCAGCACAGAAUGGCGAGGACGCCAUCAAGCAGCACCCGUUCUUCAAGGAGAUCGACUGGGUGCUCCUGGAGCAGAAGAAGAUCAAGCCACCCUUCAAACCUCGAAUUAAAACCAAAAGAGACGUCAAUAACUUUGACCAAGACUUUACCCGGGAAGAGCCAGUACUCACGCUUGUGGAUGAAGCAAUUGUGAAGCAGAUCAACCAGGAGGAAUUCAAAGGUUUCUCCUACUUUGGUGAAGACCUAAUGCCCUGAGCGCACCCCCCUCGCCCCCCCAGAUGGAGUUUGGUGAUGCUGCAAGAAGGGGUGCCGUGAAGAUGGCUGUUUUCCAGAGGCUCAGAAGGUCUUGAACUACUUCUCCUCCCCGGAGCCCCUAUCCCUGUCCACUCUAUUUAUUGCAUUCCCUUAGCCCAGGCCAGCUCCUGCCUCCUCCUGCCUGGUGACCAGAAGGCACUCUUGGCUCUCAGCGCACCGGGAAAGCAGCAUCGUGUUGGGCCGGCCGUUAGCUGGACACGUCGCUGUGUUUGGUCUGUUGGGGAGCCUGUUUCUACUUCUCAGGGGCUCCUGGCAGUGAAGCAACUUCAGUUCUUUCACUGCAAAGGAAAAUGUAAAAGGCUAACAAGAAGACUCGGGCUCUGCAAUUGAACGUAGAAUUCCAACAACUCUUGCUUCUCAUCCCUCCAGUCCUGCACCCCCCGCCUGCCAUCUUCUGCCCUUCUGUGCGGGGGAAGAGACUGCUUCUUCAGCCUGAGGGGGGCGCCCUGAGGUGCCUGUGAAGGAGAGAGACUGGGCGAUGCGCAGGUUAGCUGCCUGUGGUGGUGUGUCUGGAAUGGCUAAUCCUUGCUUGCUUUGGUGUUGGCUUGGGGGCAUGCCAAAGUUGUGGAAGCAUGUAUCUUGUGGAAGAAAUUACUCUUUUUGAAAAAGAAAAUUUGAUUUUGCACUCUCUUAACGUUUGGAAAAGAUAUCCUCAAAUUUGCUAAUUGGCCAACAGAUACAGAUUCCAGUGUUAAUACAGGUUGAUAUUAAAGGGCUAAUAUGGAACGAGAAACCAGUCGUCCAAGGUUUAUACUCCUAAUGCAUUGGUGGCACACGGGGGCUGUACGAAUUGAGAGAAAA